GCAGCCAGCCCUGACUCAACCUGCCAGCCCCCUUACCUGCCAACCUUGAAGAGAUGGGACAGCCCAGCCUACAAGGCCUGCCCCCACUCCCCAACUUCCCUUGAUAAUGAACCAGAACCAGAAACUGAAACUAAAACAGGCUGGAGUUAGAGAUGAGUCACUUCCCCAAGUGACUGAAGUAGCCGAGAAGUGGCAACAGAGAGGCAGAAGAGAACCCAGGGCACUGAGACAGGCGAGAGCAGGACGUUCUGAGGGUCGCCAAGGAGCAUGGCAGGCAGCCCAGAGGUGGUAGCCAUGGACUGUGAGAUGGUGGGGCUUGGGCCUCAAAGGGUGAGUGGCCUCGCCCGCUGCAGCAUUGUGAACGUCCAUGGCGCAGUCCUGUAUGACAAGUACAUCCGGCCUGAGGGAGAGAUCACAGAUUAUAGAACCCAAGUCAGCGGGAUCACGCCUCAGCACAUGGUGAGGGCCACGCCAUUUGGUGAAGCCAGGUUAGAGAUCCUGCAGCUUCUGAAAGGCAAGCUGGUGGUGGGCCAUGACCUGAAGCAUGACUUCAAUGCCCUGAAGGAGGAGAUGAGCAAAUACACCAUCUAUGACACGUCCACAGACAUGCUACUGUGGCACGAGGCCAAGCUGCACUGCUACAGCCGUGUGUCCCUGAGGCUGCUGUGUAAGCGCCUGCUACACAAGAGCAUCCAGAACAACUGGCGGGGCCACUGCUCUGUGGAAGAUGCCAGGGCCACAAUGGAGCUCUACAAAAUCUCUCAGCGACUCAGAGCCCAGCGAGGGCUGUCCUGCCUGGGGACCUCAGCCUGAACUUCUUCUUCAUCCAGGAUCAGAAGCUUACACUCCUGAAGGACCAUAGUUUCCCACAAACAAGACCUGUUUCUAACAACAACAAUGCAACAACAACAUCCACAAACACAAAGUGCAAAACCAAGAACACUCCCCACCCCAUUACAGCAAUUCUCUUGCUUUGGGGGAAAAAAAAAAGUUUAGUAAUAAAUG